GGGGGGAUCUCGAUCCUACUCUAUAGAGACCUUUCGGUUUGCACCGGGGACAGGCCUGCAGCGAGGAGGGUGGGAGCUCUCGCUGCCGCUGACGAUGGAAGAACUGGAGCAAGGCCUGUUGGUGCAGCCGUGGGCGUGGCUACAGGUUGCUGAGAACACCCUUUUGGCCAAGGCUUACGUCACCAAGCAGGGCUAUGCCUUGUUGGUUUCGGAUCUUCAAAAGGUGUGGCAUGAACAGGUGGACACUAGUGUGGUCAGUCAGCGAGCCAAGGAGCUGAACAAGCGUCUGAGUGCCCCACCAGAGGCUUUUCUCUGUCAUUUGGAUAAUCUGCUCCGCCCUUUGUUGAAGAACCCCGCUCAGCUUAGUGAAGCCACCUUCUCCUGUGACUGUGUGGCAGAGCUGCUGAUACUUCGGGUGCGGAGUGAGCUCUCUGGUCUCCCCUUCUAUUGGAAUUUCCACUGCAUCCUAGCUAGUUCUUCUCUGGUCUCCCAACACUUGAUUCGUCCUCUGAUGGGCAUGAGCCUGGCGCUGCAGUGCCAAGUGAGGGAGCUGGCAGCAUUGCUUCGUAUGAAAGAUCUGGAGAUCCAGGACUACCAGGAGAGUGGGGCUGUGCUGAGCCGAGAUCGAUUAAAGACAGUGCCAUUUGAAGAACAUUCCUUCCUGGAACAAUUUAUGGCAGAGAAACUACCAGAGGCUUGCAGCAUAGCUGAUGGAAAGCCCUUCAUCAUGAACCUGCAGAGUCUGUACAUGGCCGUCACCGAGCACGAGGUCCAAGUGCGGCGGAAGCAUCAAGGCUCCGGAGCGCCUCAGACCUCGAGCAACACCUCCCCACAGGAGAUUGAGAGCCACCUUCUGAGCCAGCCAGAACAGCCGGUCUCCUCAGCGCCAUCCCUCUCAGAGUCUGAGAAGGAGCCCAAAGAUACUUCAGGCUCGAUGCAGAGAUCUCAGCUAUCAAAGGUCAAGAGGAAGAAGCCCCGGGGGCUCUUUAACUGACAGGUUAACUCCCUGUCCUGGUCUCAGCUGCUGAGGAUGGACUUGGAGAAUACCUUUGAUGCAUCACCUUCAAUCACACAGCAGCGCUGUCUCUGCCACACAAGUUGUACAGGCCCAGGCCUACUGUGAUGGCAGGCCACCUGAAUGGGGACUGUUGACCCAAGGAAGCUUGACUCCCACCCACUGGCCAUUGGCCUUCCCUAUCCAUGUGGAAGCUGUCUCUGGCAAUCCCAUACCCUUCCCUCUUGUGGCAGAGGGUCUCUAGACCCAGGACUCUACCAUGGGCUUUAGGUGCAAAAGGCAAGUCAAGGAAAAGGUGCAACAUGCUUGGGAAGUCUCAUCUACCCUUCCCAAGAGUCCCUAGCCAGUUCCAGAUGGUCUUGAGGCGCUCACUUCUCUUUUCACAAGGAAUAAAAAAGCUCUCCUAUUC